UUUCAGUCAGUUCUUUAGACGCGCACACACAUAUCCGUUGUCUCUUUUGAGUUUAACUGUUGUCUUCAGCUUAUCUCUUGGGUACCUUGGAUCCCACCAUAGCAACCGUAGUUUUCCUCUAAAAUAUUGGGUUGUGUACAAAUAAGAACAUAGCAGCAGUUGAUAAUUUGGUGAUACAUAGAGCGGAAACAGCAUGUCUUGGUUGAGUGUCUUGGUUGAUGUAUUCCGCAAUGUCGUGCGCUUGAAUUUAUACUGCAAAGUUAUUUUGUAAAAUUUACCUCUUUCAUUUUACCUUAAUUUUCUUAUAAGCCAGCUGUACUUUGCUCAAUCAUCCAUGGGAUCUACCCACCUUUUUGUCUUUUUUCAUGAUCAAUAUAGGAUUAGUUAGAAAGAUUGGAAGUUCAAUACUAGUCUUAAUUCAUGCUUCUUCUGCCAGUUUCUUGAUUUCAUAUCAUUCUGAAGUACAUUUUAGAUCUGUUAUUGGUCUUGUACCUGGGUGGAUUUGUUCUGCUUUAUUAUUUGGGGAUUUGUUUCUGUUCUCAUCCUAUUUUGAUAGGAUAGUGGUUAAUCUAAGGGAGAAAAAAGUAGUUAUGGUGUGCCAAGCAGCAGGUCAAACCAGAUUUCGAGCAUUAAAAUAUGAAAAUGGGAUUGCCGGAAAACCAACCAUUGUAGUUAGAGUUAUUGCAUGCUUUCAACCAAUGGAGGAUUGCCAGGCUGAGUACUUUCGUCAUUUGCUUAAACCUGUUACGUAGACAGAUUCUGAAUUUGUGGAUUCCAUACUUGUGGUAUAUUAUCUAGCGGGAAUUUGUAGUUUUUUCUUUCAACG